UCGGCCCAGGUUGAGCGCACGAAAAGAAAUCGCAAUAUUUGAAUUAUGCGGGAUAAGGACACAGUGUCGCCAUAAGAGACAAGGAGGAUGCAAGUCGGGUGCAGUUAGCAUUAAGAGGUAAAGGUAGAACUUGGCGAGAGUAUACACUGCCUGCCUUUAAAGCGUUAUUAGUCAUCAAUGUUGUUGAAGUUUCAGGCAUGGAGCAGAAGAGUGAACCUAUCAAAAAAUACCACGCACCAGAUAGUAUAACGCCACCCAAUAGGCGCGCAUCAGUAGAUCAAUUCGUGCAUUACUUCUCCAAUGUCGUAGAGUGUCUCGAUAUAAGGCUGAUUGAUUAUCUCCCUUGAGUCCACUUCAAUGCGAAACGGAAUUUGUCCCAAUAUUACAAUAGCCGGAACUAGUUCUACAGCAGCAGAAGUAUGAAAACACACCCUCAACAAUACGAAGACCAGCACGCACCGUCCAAGUUACUAAAUCUUUCCCUGGAAACCUGCGGCAAGUCGAGCAUUCCCCUAGACAAGGAAAAAGCAUUAGUUGACUAUCAACAGGAGACCAAUGGCGGGGUAUCGACCCAAAUCUCAUUUCCUCCUGCGCACGUUAUUGGACCCACUGAAUCAAUCCGAGAGCCAUCAGUAAAUUACUGCCAGCAAAUCUAUCCAGCUGUACCGCCUUUGCACUGUUUUACACAGCAGUCUCUGUAUAGCGUUUCAGGCCACAGCAUACCAGCAUCUGCAGCAGCUGGAUUUACCACAGGCCAGCUAAUGUAUGGAGCGCAGCCCUUGGUGUAUAUGCAAUUGCCGAUGUGCCAGACGGGGCUAAUUCCAAUGUCUCAUCAGAUGAUGCCGACAGACGUGGCUUGUACAUCCGGAGAACCUGUUGAUUUCUGCCAGCAAGCACAUCAGUGUCUGCAAAUGCAGUCGGCCACUUCCCAAAAAGCUGCGCACCAAACACAAGUUGAUCAGCAAUCGGGCAACAGAACGGAGAGCGUCCGGCAACAUCCGGUGCCAGCGGGUCCCGAGGGAGGGGAAAAUGGCAGCAGUACCUCAACAAAUGUAAGAGGACUUGAUGUACCGGCUAUAUACCAGACUUCGAAUCGACAACGAGUGGUUGUUUGGAACUACUGCCAGUUCUGUCAGAAUAAUCGGGAGCCCGAAGAUGUUUACAGGAGUCAUACUCUUCGUGACUUAUCCGGCAGAGUCGUAUGUCCCGUGCUGCGUUCGUACAAUUGCCCCAUAUGCAAUAACGGUGGAGGUGACAAAGCGCACACGAAAAGCUAUUGCCCACAGUUACGCAAUCGGAAUCCACGCAACAGUCGUCGACACAGCAGCUGUGGCGGUGGUAGCAGCAGCAGCAGUAGCAGCAUCAAUCAUCAACACGUCUGACAUUCAUUUCUGUUGGAAGAUUUGUAACUUCACGUUGCUGUCACGCGUCAACUUGACAUCUGGUGAACAGAGCGACCAAUUAACCAUGACCUGCUCGUGCUGCUCAACUGACGCGUGUUAGUAUAUCGUGAGCGGAGAAUUUGUUUACGUUUUGUGACAGGCAAAGAGUAACUAGGGCUCUAGGGUAGCAAAAAGCCAGUACAACAAUUGGCAUAUGGAACUGGCGCUUGCAAUGAAGCUUUUGAGAUGUCGGGUACUCUGUACAAAACAUUUAAUGACGAUAGUAACAUUAGGUGGGGUAUGGUGCAUUCACGUAUAAUGGGUGUGAGUAAAGAGUCUCUGGGUGUUAGUGGGAAGUUUAUUAAGAAGGCCAAUAAAUAUCUUGUACGGUAGGACUGUAAAGCGAUGAAGAUACAUUGAUUUGCCUCAAGAUUUCUUGUUUAUAACAAAUUCUCUGUUGGACAAAUUUUACUAUGGCCCGUAUUAUAGGCAUUAAAGGUCGACUGUGAGCAGUUUGCAGUGAUUAGCAUUGACAGUGUUGUCUCCUUGUUGUUACCAGUUCGUUUUGUUAAAAAAAAAAUUCGAUUUCAGAAAAUAAUUUGCACUAACUGCGGUGUCGAAUAAAUCUAAUUACACCCGAUAGAAAAGGGAACAAGAACUCGCGCGAUAGGCUUGCCGCGAGACGAGGAACUUAAUUGUUAUAACCCACUGUACAUAUCGGAAAUUAUGUACAUCUGGUUCUGUAUAUUUAUGAAAGUUGACGAGUCUGUGGGUUGUAGACCCAGAUGACAAGUAAACCUUUUGUGGGGUAGUGAGCAGUGAACCCCGUGCUUUGUUUUAUUAGAUUUACUUCACUGAGCUAUACGAUCGUGGCACGUUAUACCAUAAAUCGGAAUUACGCGCAGCACGUGAAUAAAAAGCUAGUAAAUAUCUAAUUAUCGAGGGACCAUUCUUAC